AUGUCCCCAAUCAAGUGGAAACGACCCGAUAAUGUGCCCUUUCCAUCAAUUUGGCACAGAUUUACUGUCAAAGAUCCCAAAACAGGAAAUGUCCUGGAGUUCAGAGUACAAGAUCUGCCUGAAGAUCGCUAUGAAGAGGCGAUGGAUAUGAUGCUGGAGCAUUUCCUGCGAGAUGAACCAAUGUGUCGCUCAAGGAAUUGCUCCCAAGAUCCUCGAGCAAUUGCUGACUUCCGUAAACUCUGGCCAAAAGUCCUCAAGGAGAGACUGACUUUAGUGUGCUUCAGGGAGGGAUGUGAUGAGAUAUAUGGGAUGAAUUUUCUCAAACUCACUCAAAAAGAUGUAGAAGAUGAACCAUCUGACUAUGGAGAAGCAUUAGAUGACAUCCUCACAGCUAUGGGAUUUAUUGCGGACAGUGGAAAUCUCUAUGAUCACUAUCAAGUGGACAAGUUCAUCAAUGGAUACGGUUUGUUGGUGCCACCAAAAUUUCGUGGCCUGAGACUUGGUGCUGAGAUCCUAAAAGCACGAAUUCCACUGGGCAGAGCUGUUGGCCUCAAGCUCACUUCCACCAUCUUCUCCAAUCGUUCAUCCCAAAGAGCAGCUACCCUGGCUGGAUUUGAGGAUUCCUUUGAGAUUUCCUGGGAGGAAUUGCGAAAGAAAGGACCACGCAUGGAUUUUCCUGUGGAUGGAACUCCAACCGUAAAACUCCAAAGCAUGAGAUUGGAUUAAUAAUGAAAUUGUUACAUCCAAUUUUUUUUUUAUUGAAUGAUUUGAUGAAUAGAGUGUUGGUUGAUAUAUUAAAUUGCUCUUGAAACUUCAA